UCUGCCUCCUUAUAAAACCCUCCUCCUCUGUCCCUCAUUCUCUUCCCAGGUACCCUCUGAGAUUCUCUACCCCAUCUCAUUUCGUACCCUCAAUCAAACCCAAUAAGGUUCAUCAACAAUGGCUCUCACUACUAUCUCAUCCAAAUCGGCCUUUAUUCAAACCCAGUUGCCCUCCGUAGCUCCCCAGCCUUCUCUCCCCGGCCGGCGGCCCAGCAUCGUCGCCGUCCACGCAGCCGAGCCGGCCAAGAACCCGGCUGUGUCGACGAAGCAACAGCCGGCGCCAUCAACUGCGGCGUCCAAUGGCUCGACCAGCCGGAUUAAUGCGGCGCCGGGGAAAUGGAAUUUGGAGUCGUGGAAAUCCAAGAAGGCGCUGCAGCUGCCGGAGUACCCGAAUAAAGAGGUUUUUGAAGAUGUGCUCCGGACGCUGGACUCUUUCCCGCCGAUCGUCUUCGCCGGCGAGGCUCGGAGUCUAGAGGAGCGGAUCGCUGAGGCGUCGAUGGGGAACGCGUUUCUUCUUCAAGGUGGGGAUUGUGCUGAGAGCUUUAAGGAGUUUAAUGCCAACAACAUUCGAGACACGUUCCGAAUUCUGCUCCAGAUGGGCGUCGUUCUUAUGUUCGGCGGCCAAAUGCCGGUUAUUAAGGUGGGGAGGAUGGCGGGUCAGUUUGCGAAGCCGAGAUCGGACCCGUUUGAGGAGAAGGAUGGUGUGAAGCUGCCGAGUUACAGAGGGGACAAUGUGAACGGGGACGCGUUUGAUUCAAAGUCAAGGACUCCGGACCCUGAGAGACUGAUCAGAGCCUACUGUCAAUCGGCGGCGACUCUCAAUCUUCUCAGGGCUUUCGCAACCGGUGGUUACGCGGCUAUGCAGAGGGUUACCCAGUGGAACUUGGAUUUCACUGAGCAGAGCGAGCAGGGAGAUAGGUACCGAGAACUAGCUCACCGGGUUGAUGAGGCCCUUGGAUUUAUGACUGCAGCUGGGCUCACAGUCGACCAUCCUAUUAUGACAACCACUGAGUUCUGGACAUCGCAUGAGUGCUUGCUCUUGCCUUAUGAGCAAUCGCUCACUAGGUUGGACUCAACUUCUGGGCUCUACUAUGAUUGCUCUGCUCAUAUGCUUUGGGUCGGUGAGCGAACCAGGCAACUGGAUGGCGCCCAUAUUGAGUUCCUUAGAGGUGUUGCUAAUCCCCUUGGAAUCAAGGUGAGUGAUAAAAUGGAUCCCAAUGAGCUUGUUAAGCUUAUUGAAAUUUUGAAUCCUCAAAACAAGGCCGGGAGGAUAACGGUGAUCACAAGGAUGGGAGCGGAAAACAUGAGGGUCAAACUGCCUCAUCUUAUUAGGGCAGUCCGUCGGGCAGGACAGAUUGUCACAUGGGUUAGCGACCCUAUGCAUGGUAACACCAUCAAGGCUCCAUGUGGUCUCAAGACACGCCCUUUUGAUGCCAUAAGGGCUGAGGUCAGAGCAUUCUUUGACGUCCAUGACCAAGAAGGAAGCCACCCAGGUGGUGUUCACCUAGAGAUGACUGGCCAGAAUGUGACUGAAUGCAUUGGAGGAUCACGGACUGUGACAUUCGACGACCUUAGCUCGCGCUACCAUACUCACUGUGACCCAAGGUUGAAUGCCUCCCAAUCUCUUGAGCUCGCCUUCAUUAUUGCUGAGCGUCUGAGGAGACGAAGAAUUAAGUCGCAACAAUCCGUAGCCUCUUUAGGUCUGUAGAAUGGUUCAAGGCCCAAGCCGUGUGUUUGUCUUGUUAUUUUUUUGUUUCUUUAAGGUGUUAGUGGCUGUGUUAAUAUGUCACUCUUGUUAUAGAGGUAAUAUGCCUUCUGUGUGUUGUAUCGUGUAUACUGGAAGUUAUGUGGUUUGAGACUUUGAAGGGAAAGAGAAAUAAAUG